CGCGAAGUGCGGGAGCGUCUGGGAUCUGCAUUGCCGCAAAGCUUCUGUGACACAAAAUAAAUACAAAAGAACAACCAAGAACGGCAGCCCAAUUUCAGCCAUUGACGCCAAAAGCGACCCUCGACUUUCUCACAAAGCUCCAAGCAUCAAACUGAGAUUCCAAACCAAACCAACAAAGAACACUUAUUAUAAUAAUAGCAUGUGUGUUGCAACCGCCACCAACGAUUUCCCAGCUUUCCAAGAACUUGCCUCCAAGCCCACGCAAAGGAACAGCUUUCCCAUUACAGAAUUGGUCUUUGAAGCCAUGCAGAACAACAGCAGAAUGUCAUUUGCACAAGAUCAAUUACAAUUCAGCGAUGAAGAAGAAGACGAGAACGCCAACAACUAUUUGCCAGCAAUGAAGGUUAUCGACUUGGACGAUUCUUCGGAACGAUCUCUCUGUGGCUCCAUGUCAUCACUGAUGGACCAAUUCAACAUGAGCAUGAACUUGUCAGACCGAACCUGCAGUACCAGGAGAUCCCCUCCCUCGGCACCAAGAAGUCCAGCAGCACCCAAAAGGAGCCAUCGACGCCAAAGAAAUCAAGCCAUGACAUCAGGUGACUUUUCCAAGGUUGUCUUUUCUCAACUGGACAUGACUCUUUGAUCUGGGUUAUUUGAUUUACUACUUACUUAUGGAGCUGCAUAGAGCUAACAUCCACCACAACAUUAUAGAGAUUGUACUUUACC